AUGCCACCGCUUUGCAACAAGUGCCAGUCAAUCUUUGAUCAUUGGAAUGGCCGUAAUCACUGGAAGGAACGAAGACCAGAUCAUUUGCAUCACACCGUCCCAGGGCUCCAGGACUCGGCUCGUGGCGGUUGUCACGUUUGUAUUCUGCUGCUCGGGGGAAUUGAGGAACACACGCUUCGUGAGAUUUGGUCGAAAUGGCCAGAUGAAGAGGCUGUUGUUGAAGUACGGGAAUGGAUUGGCGAAGAAGGACAUUUUGCCGUUGACCUAAUUUGGAGAUCUUCACCAGGUCAUAGAGCAGCAGGAAAUGUUGCGCUUGUCAGAGCUCACGAGAUGGACGUAAGUGAUAAUGUCGGAAAUAUUGCCAGAAGUACCGACAGCGAGGAAAGUUGGACUCUGGUAAACAAUUGGCUUCAUGGAUGCCUGUCAAACCAUGCGAGCUGCUCUAUUCAUUACCUGGAGCAGAAACUGCCCACUCGUCUCGUAGCGGUAGGUUCCACAGACGUUGAUCUACGCCUCACUUUAACAGCCAAUCUGCCAGGUGAUACACCGUACUUGACUCUCAGUCAUUGCUGGGGUGGACUAGAGUUCAAGAUGCUUCUAUCGGACAAUCUACGAUCCCUACUCCAGCAUAUUCCAGCAAAUGAGUUCCUUACCAAAACCUUCCACGAUGCCAUAACAAUUACUCGGCGGCUAGGAUUCAAAUACAUUUGGAUUGACUCACUGUGUAUCAUCCAAAAUGACAACAACGAUUGGGAGAGAGAGGCCGCUCUUAUGGGGAAUGUUUACGGAGGUUCGUCACUGAAUCUUGCAGCGGUAGAUGCUCCAAAUGGGGAUGUAGGGUGCUUUUUUCAUCGCUACUCUACCAACGUGGAAGCGUGUAAAAUCCAGAUCUCAAAUUUUGAGAGCAGAUCCGCAAGAGAGACGUGGAAUUGUGUCCCGAAACGUUUUUGGCCCAAUUUGACGUUAGACACGGUGCUCGGAUGUCGUGGAUGGGUGUUCCAGGAGACCGUCCUUGCUCCCCGUACACUAUACUUGGGUUCGCGCCAACUAGCCUGGGGGUGCCGCAAGACAGAAGCUUGUGAAACAUUCCCUGUGCAGAUUAACACAGGGCAUAUUUCCCCAGCGGCAACUAUUGAAGCCUGGUCGCGGACAAAUCUACUCGACGCCUGGGAUACGAUCAUUAGUGAUUAUCCCAGACGCGCUUUGUCAUUCCCCAAGGACAAAUUCAUUGCUCUCUCGGGUGUUUCGAGACUCUUCGCGACCAAGUUUGACGCCUCCUUUGUGGCAGGACUCUGGAGGAAGGACGACGGUGACCUCGAGCGUCAGUUGGUAUGGCUCGCCGAAAGCCAAGUUCAGGACCGCCCAAAACAUUAUCAAGCGCCUUCAUGGUCGUGGGCAUCAGUUGAAGCGGAAGUCGCAUUACCUCCAGGUUUAGCAGACACACAAACGGGAUUCGUCGUGCUUGUGGCUGUCAAGGACGUUUCGGUGACGCUGUGUACACACGACCCGUUUGGACAAAUCAGCGACGGCUUCCUCAUCAUUCAAUGCAGAGCUCCGGUGCGCGUUUCUGCGCAACAACACCUAGACACAAGAUGGUGGUUAGUCGCAAUGGGAGAUGCAAAAUUUUACGCUCGGGUGUACCCAGACAGUCGACCUCACAAACUUGACGGUGAACUGCUCUUUUUACCAAUUCUUAGUUCCAAUCUCGAAAACGCACCUCAAAGUAAAUUUGCCGUUCACGGAAUUAUCCUUAAGCCUCAUUCGUGGGAUAGGUUCUCGCGCGUAGGGUAUUUUGGUGUGGAGAAGGAUGACCUCGAGACAUUUGACCAUAACUGGCAGGUUAAUGACCAAUCCUAUCACCUCGAGCGGUCCGAUAACCGAAUUGAUUUUGGGCCUUCUGUUGCGAGCGAUAAUCAUGGUAAUCUGCUGUAUGAAAUAACUAUCAUUUGA